GUGCAGCGCAUCCGAGAUGAAUUUUACUCUAACGCUGCCUGACGAUUGGCAUCUUCAUCUCCGUGAUGGUGACCUUCUUCAAGCUGUUGUCCCUCACAGUGCAACUCAUUUUGGGAGAGCAAUUAUUAUGCCAAACCUGAAACCUCCAGUUACCACAACUGUUGCUGCUUUAAAUUAUCGAGAAUUGAUCUUGAAGGCUUUGCCCUCCAACAGUAAAUUCAAUCCCCUUAUGACUCUUUGUUUGACAGAUACAACUAGUGCAGAUGAAAUCAAACUUGCCAGAAAAAGUGGAGCGAUUUUUGCAGCCAAGUUGUACCCAGCUGGUGCUACAACAAAUUCUCAAGAUGGUGUUACAGAUCUUUUUGGAAAAUGUUUUCCUGCUCUUGAGGAGAUGGUUCAACAGAAUAUGCCUUUACUGGUUCAUGGGGAAGUUACAGAUACUAAAGUAGAUGUUUUUGAUCGUGAGAAGGUCUUCAUUGAUACUGUGUUACGACCUUUGAUUGAAAGGCUUCCACUGCUCAAGGUUGUGAUGGAGCAUAUCACUACAAUGGAUGCUGUUAGGUUUGUUGAAUCUUGCAAAGAAGGUUUUGUGGCAGCAACUGUUACUCCGCAACAUCUUCUUCUUAACAGAAAUUCUCUCUUUCAAGGAGGCUUACAGCCGCACAAUUACAGCCUUAACAGACAGGCUAUUGUUUCUGCUGUGACUAGUGGAAGUAAAAGAUUUUUCCUUGGAACUGAUAGUGCUCCUCACGAGAGACGGAGAAAAGAAUGUUCUUGUGGAUGUGCGGGAAUUUACAGUGCUCCUGUUGCAUUAUCUCUCUAUGCUAAAGUUUUUGAAGAGGCUGGUGCGCUUGACAAGCUGGAGGCAUUUACAAGCUUUAACGGAUCGGACUUCUAUGGCCUCCCGAGAAACACAUCAAAGAUUAAAUUGAGCAAAGCUCCAUGGAGAGUGCCAGAGUCUUUCUCAUUUCAAUUUGGGGAUAUCAUUCCAAUGCUUGCUGGGGAAAUGCUUGAAUGGCAGCCAUCUUUCACUUGAUUCAACUUUCGAACCAACCGGCAACUUCUGGUACUUCUCUCAUUCAUUAAUUGAAUAAUGUUGUUGUAAUAGUUUACUCAAUACUCUGUAGUCUUUACAACAGUACAAGACUUUCAAGAGUGUUGAAGUAAGCUGAUGGAGAUUGUGUACUUUCUUUGGCAUGCAUGUGAUUCGAUCAAUACUCUA